CCCCGCCCCGGCCCGGCCCGGCCCUCCCCCGGGAAAGCGAAAGCGCGGCGGGCGGAAGCCGAGCGCUCCCCGCCGGGCCGCUCCGCACGGGGCCGCUCCGCCUCCGCACCGGCGCCGCUCCGCACCGGGGCCACCAUGGCUUCCAUCGGCAGCUUCUUCCGACGGAGCCUGCGGCGCUCCGGCCGCAGAGAAGCAAAAGUGGACGCCUCUGCUGCAGAAAGCAACCCCGCACGGGUGCCGCAGAGGCCAGGAGAACGGAGCUCUGUCUAUUCUGCUGGGCAGUUUUUCUUCGAGUACCUGGUGGUGGUGUCACUGAAGAAGACAUCAGACGGACAUUACGAACCCAAGAUAACCUACCAGUUCCCAAAGCGUGAGAACUUGCUGAAGGGCCAGAAGGAGGAGGAGGAACGCCUCUUGCAAGCCAUCCCCCUCUUCUGCUUCCCUGAUGGCAACAACUGGGCCCCCGUCACCGAGUUCACCAGCGAAACCUUUUCUUUCGUCCUGACCAAUGUGGAUGGCAGCAGGAAGAUCGGCUACUGCAGGCGGCUGCUGCCAUCCGGCCGUGGCGUCCGCCUCCCUGAGGUCUUCUGCAUCAUCAGCUGCCUGGGCUGCUUCGGGCUCUUCUCUAAGAUCCUGGAUGAGGUGGAGAAGAGGCGCCAGAUCUCCAUGGCUGUGAUUUACCCCUUCAUGCAGGGCCUUCGGGAAUCACCCUUCCCAGCUCCAGGGAAAAGUGUCACCAUUAAAAGCUUCAUCCCUGAGUCAGGCACAGAGCUCAUCGAGCUCACGCGGCCCGUGGAUGCCCACCUGGAGCACGUGGAGUUUCAGGCUCUGCUCCAGCGGCUCAGCCCCCACCUCAUCCUGCACAUCUUCGCCUCCGCUGUGCUGGAGCGACGGCUUAUUUUCCUGGCAGAGGAGCUGAGCGUCCUGUCGCAGUGCAUCCACGCAGUGGCUGCUCUCCUCUACCCCUUCACCUGGGCUCACACCUACAUCCCCGUGGUCCCCGAGUGCCUGCUCGACACUGUCUGCUGCCCCACACCCUUCAUGGUUGGCAUCCAGAUGCGGCACCUGGAGCGGGUCCUGGACCAGCCGAUGGAGGAGGCUCUGAUAGUUGACCUCUGCGAAGGGAAGAUCCUCCAGGCGGUCGGCGAUGAGGAGGAGAUCUUGCCCACCAAGCUGCAGAAUGAGAUGCUGACAUCUCUGAACAGGCACAACAACAACAACAACAUACACACAUCCGAGCAGGUGAACACGCUUGUCUCUGAAGCCUUCGUGCAAUUCUUCGUCCGAAUGGUUGGCCACUACCCCUCGCACAUCAAGUGGAGUAAAAAUGGCUCGGGCACCUUCCAGGAGCGAGCCUUCUGCAAAGCCAUCACCUCCAAAACCAGCCGCAAGUUUGUGAAGAAAUUUGUGAAGACGAACAUGUUUUCCCUAUUUAUUGAGGAAGCAGAAAAGAGCAGGAUCCCACAGGAAGCGUAUUUCCAGCAGAAAAUAGCAGAGUACCACGAACAGAAGAAGCACCGACGGGACUCCUGAAGUCCAGCCUGGGAACACGGGAGCAGGGCUGGGACCGUGCAGGUCCCCGCCAGCAGCACUGUGCUGCGCAGGCUCCACAGCACGCCGGACUCCGCUGGGUCUGUCCACCCGUUCUUGCCCAUCCGUGACUCAUGAGAUGCGUGGGCAGCUCCAAACACCAAUUUCUACCCUUUCUUUUUUCCUCAGGGCAUCGCUGCACUGGAAAACUCUUUUGCACAGAGCUAGCAAGUAGGCUGUGAUUUCUUUUCCAAUCCUGCUAGCAACAGGGAUGAACCGCCACCGGCGGUCCCAUCAAAGGUCGUAGAGUAAUGGUUAGAGAGAAAGAAAGAAAGAAAAAAAAAAAAAAAGGUAGGAAAUAGUGCUGUUUUUAAUUAAAACAAACCUAGGUUUUGCAAAUAAGUAACACCCUAUUGAACAAGCUUCCGAGGUUUCUAUUAUUAACUGUUUCACUUUAUUUUCUAUCAAGAGAUGUUCAUUGUUAAAUACCAGCAGGAACGGUUGCGGUGGAUUUUAGCAGUUUCCUCUACAGCAGCUGUCUGCUUCACUGGUACCACUUGGAGCCCAGUUUAGCUCUUUAAAGAAACAAAAAAAUUCUUUUCCAACAGGUUGUUUAUUUGUGCUGUAAGCAAACUGUGAAGGCCACAGGGCUGUGUCGGGUAGGAGAGGGAAACAGCUGAAUGACAGCUUUGGGCAGGGAGGAAGUAUUUGUUAAAUCCAGUAGUAAAACAUGUCGACAUCCUCCUCA